AUGGCAAGGCCAGCGCCGGAGCCCGCGGGCAUCGGCCAUCGCCACCAGGCCACCGCGCACGGCUGCACGGCGCUCACCGUCGACCGGGCGCGGGCGCUGCUGCGCGGCGGCGCGGACUCUUCAGCCGGCGAGCCGUCGGCCCUCGAGCGGGCGCGCGUCCUCUGCUCGUGGGGCGAGUCGGAUCCGACAGCUGCGGCCGCCGGCUCCACCGUCGCGAUCCACUCUCUCGUCUCGCGGCCGUCGAUGAACGGCAAGGUCGGCCUCGUCGUCUCCGCGAGCGCUUCGACGGGACGCUUCGGCGUGCGCGUGGCGGGCGAGGCCAAGGCACUCGCACUGAGGCGCGCUAUGGCCUCUCCCCCACUCGCCGGAUCCUCUCUUUGGACACACCCCACGCCUCUCCCCUUCCUCAGGCCGGCCAACCUGGAGCCAGCGGCCGCGGCGGUGGAGGCGGGCAGGCUCAUCCUCAAGUCGGCGGAGUGGUCGCCGCAGUCGCACGAGCUUUUCCCGGAGGCGGCUCGCAAGUGGGCGGUCGCGGUGAUGCAGCUGGGCUGCCUGAUCGCGUGGGACGAGGAGCGCUUCGACGGCGAGGGGGCGGCGCCGGGGCUGGUGGACCUCUGGCGCAGUUUUGUGCUGCCAAGCAAGGGUGGUGGUGCGGGCGCCGCAGGCGCACCGCGUUCCCCAUGA